UGGCCAUUCCCGCGCAUGCGCGCAGCCGUCCCGGCGGUCCCGGUGUUACCCGCUCGCCAGCGUAUGUUAGCGCGCGGCACUCGCCGAGGCUCCCCCAGAGGCGGGCAGCGCGCGAGGGGCCGCGAGCUCGCCGGCCGCCAUGGCCGCCAUCAUCGAGCAGGAGUUCCAGGAGAUCGACGCCACGAACGACUGGCAGGCGCGAUACGUGGUGAGCGAAAGGAAGGGGUGUUAGUGGGAAGAGGGGGAGGAGGAGGAGAAGUGUCGACCCGGUUCUCGGAGAGCGCGUUGCCGGAAAUUCGACAUAAAUCCAGCGACUACCCUCAUAGAGUUGCAAAAUACCCAGAAAAUAGAAACCGAAACAGAUACAGAGAUGUUAGUCCCUAUGACCAUAGUCGUGUAAAAUUACAGAACACUGAGAAUGACUAUAUCAAUGCCAGCCUAGUGGUCAUAGAAGAAGCCCAGAGAUGCUACAUUUUAACACAGGGUCCACUACCUAAUACGUGUUGUCAUUUUUGGCUAAUGGUAUGGCAACAACGAACCAAAGCAGUUGUGAUGCUGAACAGGAUUGUUGAAAAAGAAUCAGUGAAGUGUGCACAAUACUGGCCGACAAAAGAAGAAGAAGUUAUGACAUUCAGUGAAACAGGUUUCCGCGUGAGGCUAGUAUCUGAAGACGUCAAAUCCUAUUAUACAGUACAUCUACUGCAAUUAGAAAAUAUCAACAGUGGUGAGUCCAGAAUGAUCUUUCACUUUCAUUAUACUACAUGGCCAGACUUUGGAGUUCCUGAAUCCCCAGCUUCAUUCCUGAACUUCCUGUUUAAAGUCAGAGAGUCUGGUUCACUAAGUCCUGAGCAUGGACCUGCAGUAGUUCACUGCAGUGCGGGGAUAGGACGUUCUGGCACGUUUUCAUUAGUAGACACUUGUCUUGUUCUGAUGGAAAAAAAAGACCCAUUUUCUGUAGAUAUUAAGAAGGUAUUACUGGAUAUGAGAAAAUAUCGAAUGGGACUUAUUCAGACUCCUGAUCAACUAAGAUUUUCAUAUAUGGCUGUAAUAGAAGGAACAAAAUUUAUAAUGGGAGAUUCAACUAUACAGAAACGGUGGAAGGAGCUCUCUAAGGAGGACCAAGCGCCAAGUUCUGAGCAGUCUCCUCCACACCCAACCAAAAUAACAGCAGAGAAAUACAAUGGGAACAGCAUAGGCCUGGAGAGCAAAGAUCAAAUGGAGAAAAUAAACACCGACCUGUCUACUAAAGUUCAAGAUAUCGUAGAUGGAAACAUUGAAAGUGCUGUCCGAAAACGACUGCGAGAGGAUAGAAAAGCUAACACAGCACAGAAGCUGCACCAGAUGAAGCAGAAACUAAAUGAGACUGAAAGAAGAAGAAAAAGGUGGUUAUAUUGGAAACCUAUUCUCACUAAGAUUGGGUUUGGUACACUGAUUUUAGUUGGUGCUUAUUCUUGCUGGAAAAUGUACUAAUAUUUCCAAGAACAUUCCUUGUAAGUAAACAGUAAAGCUUGUCUACUCCAGCAGCUGAUUUUGCUGCAAGUUAAUGACUUAGGGGUGUGACUUUAUGCAGUAAAAUCCUUACACCUGGAAUGGGUACAGACCGUUACCCACUAUAGAGAAGUGAUGUAAACUUGAUCCCGUGUCAACAUCUCAGGACUUUUCACUGUAGGUACUUACAGAAAUGAACUGCUGCCCCCCAACAGAGUUGAUUGUUUGAGGUUUUUUUUUUUUUUGUUUAUUUCAGCAGGUACAAACUUGCUGCAACUGUUUAUAUACUUUUUAAGAUGGUGUUCUACCAGAUCUUAAGCAAACCCUGAACCCCAGAGGUUUAAGCUGCUGAAGGCUGUCUGGGUUUAAAUUUACAUGCCUGACAUAAGCAAUAAACAGUGUUGUUGUAUCAUUUACGUUAUUAAUGCAAAGAAGUUAUCCUUAAAUGUGUGUAAUGUGUAAUGUAAUAGUGACAUGAACAUAAACAUUUUAUAUUCUUAUGACCUAGGAUAAAUAUAUUUUAUAAUUGCAUAUUUAAUCUUUUUGUAGUUCACUGUACUUUUAAAAGCUCAGUUUGUACAAAUUUCUGACCAAAAAUAAUUUGAUUUUGAAACUAUAUGUAAUUAUAAUUUGUGCAUGAAAAUAAUAGUGCAACCAUUCCCCAUAUUUUGACUCUAGAAUUUACAAUAUGAGCAGCUAGGGGUCUGAUGAAGCACUUACCAAUUUCUACUAUGUUAAUUUGCCCUCUUUAUUUAUUUUUUUUUGUAGUUUUCAUUAUUUAAGUAAGUCUUGGAAAUUUUUUUAAGGCCUUUGAGAACUUGGCUCCCACUGAAAAGCAGACUGUUGAGUUGAUUAAUGUAUUCAGACUUCAGCUACUGUUUGAAGGCAAACAUUGUUAAAGUUCUGACAUUCCAUUAAAUGUGAAACAUAAUGUUUUCUGUGUCUAUAGAUUUUAAUUGCUAGAAAGAAUAAAAUUCAUUCAUCAGUAAUAGGUGUAGAAAGCACAUCGAAGGAAACUGUAGUUGAAUUUCCAAAGGUGGUUUUAAUACAAAACAGAUGUUGCUAUUUUCCCUUACCCAGUGUGUGCAGCUAUAUGAGAGCCACUUCCAUAACUUCACAAAAUCUAGGACUGCUUUUUAGGUUCCCUGGUGCUGUGUUUAGAGGCUUAAAACACUCAGUGACUAACAUUUUGGGAAUACCUAAGGUACAGCCAAUUUCAAAUCAGUGAGCACUGCCUUUCUGUUAGUUGGAUGAUAACACUUUCAAAAUAGGAAUUCAACACAAAUCCCUUUGUCCUUUACAUUCUCACUGAGUACAGAGAUGGUGCGUGGCUGUGCGUAGCUUGCUGUCAUCCAAGCUGAGGCCUAAUAAUUUGUAGUACUGGACUGCACUUGGAAACUUGGAUUUUAUUUAUUCAAGCAUUGCCUUGUUGGGUGACUUCAGAGAAGUCGUGUUGUCUCUCUCCAUUUUUCUAGCUUGAUUGUCUUUUGUUGGAUGUGGAGGUUUUGGGGGUUUCUUUUCUCCCCUGGUCCUUUUGUUAAGCACUGUUUGGAUUUACUGCUGAAAGAGCUAAGUAAUUGCUUUGCUCCUUAUCCAGAGGACGGCUUAACUUGAAAGGUUUCCAGUACGCUCAGUCUUAGUAGUAGCACACCAGGGCUGGCGCCCAAACAGUCGCAGAGCUUGGCUGCGCAGAGCUAAGAAGUGGAGUUUACUCUUUGAAAUUCUCAUUUCACAAUAGCCAAUACUGUUUUGGACCGUGCUGUUUAUAUAGCAAACAAAUGCUUAAGGGUCCAGAUAAGGAAAAGGAGCGUAGUUUCUUAGAACACAGAGUUCUGAAUUUGGGAGAUCGUAUGUGAGUAGAUCGAGACAGUUUGUCCUCUGGCAUUGCUGACCAACUAUGCAGCUCCAACAGCAGAAUGACUUAGUGAGGGCUGUGACAGCUUACGUAUUUUAAGGCAUUUCAUAAUUUUUAUGGCUACAGCAACGCUUUUAGCCAACAAGAGGCUUGGCAAAAGAUUCCUUUUUUUUUUUUCUGUAGCACGGGUUUUUUCGGUAUCAGCUCUAACUGGUAGUAGGUGUCAGAGUAUGUGCCUUAUAAAAGAUAUUUUGGUUAUGGAAAAGCAUGGAAUGUAAUUGUUUUUAUAACAGAAAUAUUCCAGAUUUUAUUCUAAAUAUUAAAAACAGUGAAGGAAGAAGUGCAGGUGAAACCUUCACUGAAGUCAUAGUCAUGUAUCUCCUUUCCAUUUGCACGGGAAAGAUUUCUUGGGCCACCAGUAUCAUAUAGACACCAAGCUCUGACUGGGGCUUGUCAAGUUGUCACUUAUUUUUUUCCAGAUUCUGUCUUCUCUUCUGGCUUUUUUGUUCCCUCUACUCAGAGCAGGCAUCCCCCUUUCUGGGUGGGAACAGCAGGAGGGGGCUGUCUUGCAUCACCUCGCACUCUUGAUGCAAUAAAGCAGGACUUGCAGCUUCAACAGUUGAUCCGUAAACAUUUUGUUUGGUUCCAUGAUCAUAUCUGUCCUGAGAGUCCAAGAGUUAACAGUGUAAGGACCAUGAACCAAUUCAAGGCUUGGACAAAGUUAUUUUGUACAGUGAAUUGUCCUUGAGAGGUUGGGUGUAGGAAGGAAAAUCCCUUUAGUUAGAUCCCUUAGUACGUUCCAGGAAAUAAUUUGGAUAAAACUCUUCUUUCUGAUCCGUCAGUAAUCCUUAAAACCCAAAAUCUGGGGGAGGCUUGUUCUCUUUACUGCAAACCGAUGCCUUAUGGUACUUUGUUAUUCUGUAGGGUUUAGACUUGCUGGAGUUUUGCACAACUUGGAUGUUAAAUGGGAACAAAUAGGGGCCAAAACAAAGAACUGUGGGUCCCAGUGACCUCUCUGUUUAGGGGACACUUAAAGAAAGAGUAAAACUGGAGGACAUGCCUUCUGAGCCUUCUCCUGCCUCCCUCCACCCCAGUUUCUGGCAGGCUGCUGGCUGGUCCUGUGCUGCUUCUGAAAUGUUGUUGUCUUGAUUUGAAGUGUUGCUGGGUUGAGUUUUCCUCUCUGUUCUAGAAAUACAUCAGUCAAAAUAUCUGAUGUGUAAUGGGCUUCCUUGAAUCCAAUGAAGCAGUGUUUGGCUCUCGGACAGACACUUGUAUACAAAUUGUGAAUGUUUUCAUUAAAAAGAAAAACCACUAGCAAAUAUUUAGGCCUCCAUUACAAGGCAUUUGCACGUUUGGAUCCGGUCCCUUAGGUUUUCUGUUUAUGCUCUUGGUGUGGGGACAGCCGGCUCAGAGCAACGCUAUAUCUGUGUUUUUACUGAAAUGUAUGAAGUUAAAAUAAGUGAAUUCAGCAAGAAAUAUCGAUUUGAAAGAGAAAUACCGAUCUGUUCUAUGGAAGUAAGAUGUUACAAGUGAAACUUGGCGUAUUUCGUUAAGCCUUGAGUGAAAUGUUUUACUGACAUCAGUUUCUGCCCUACUCAAAAGGGAAGGGGCGCAAACGUGUGCGUGUACGCGUGAGUGAGUUGUGCAGGCAAUUAAAAAGCCUGGCUGGCUUUAAGUUUAAUGAAUGUUACCCAAAUUGUUUAGUUUGUUGCUUGGCAUUGUAGUUAAACCUGAGUUACUUGAGGACUGCACGAGGAACUAAUUUAACAAUGACGAAAGAGGAGGCCUCCUGUCUGGCCGAGUGGCCAAGGUCAGAGGGCAAAGCUUGCACAGUUGAUGUGACACACAGUCUUCCUGGGCGUUUUGUUUGCCCCCAGAGCUUUAGGCCAGUCUUUCAUUUUUAUGUACGAAAAUAAAUGUGUUCAAAAGUGCAUCUCUGUCUGAGUCGUUAUUUAAAUUGCAAGGAUAAAUGCUUGGAAGGAGUUUUUUAAUGUGUCUUAACUGAUCAAAGGAAGCCAGUGCAGGGCUCACAGAACUCAAAAGCGUUUUACUUUAGUAGCUUGGAUAUUUGGUGCUGCAAGUACCAAGGUCUUUUUCUGUGUUCCCCAGAGCAGAGCCUUUCCUGCCCUAGGAACAGAAUGUCCAGGGUUAGGAUGUCUUCCUCACCACAAGAAACCUUUCCCUAGAAACACUCCUCUCUAUGCUGCUGAGCCAGGGUUGGCGCCCAAAGCCCUGCGAGGCAGUGUCGGUGCUGGGCAGUGCAGCUGUCCCGCCAGGGCCCAGGGAGCUCUGCUUGAACACAAGUCAGGGCUUUGCUGAGCUGAGCCCCAUGCUCGAAGCUCUCCAGCGAGUGUGUGCCUUGCACUGUAACGUGGAAAUGCCUCCUGGGAAAGCUUCCCAAGGUCGCUUGCUGCAGGCAAACGGUAGGCGGUAGUUGCUGCAGGGAAUGCAUGGGAGGCUGUUUAUAACGAGUUGCAAACCUGCUGUCUGUUCUGAUUUCUUGUUUCUCUGCUGUGUACUGAAUCGGUGACUCUCUUCUGCAUUGUGUG